GGAGAAAAAUUGAGUAAAAAUUGAGAAAAUUAGAAAAAAAUAAUAGAUGGAAGAAAAGAACGGGAUAAAUAGGUUAAAAAGGGCGGAUUUUGUGCCUAUAAGGCCUAAAAUAGCGUCUAUAGAAGGUAGUAGACGUCUUAUAGUAGUAUUAGAGAAGGCAUGUUUAGAAAUAUAUAAAAUUGGAGGAAAAAAAGAAGGGAAAUAUUAUUUAUUAAAUUGUGAUGAACAUCAAGGAAUUUUGAAGAAAAUGAAUAGAGAUAUUUCAGAAGCAAGACCAGAUAUAUGUCAUCAAUGUCUUUUAACGCUUCUUGAUUCACCAUUGAAUAAAGCGGGUUUUUUACAGGUUUAUAUUCAUACGACAAAAAAUGUUUUAAUAGAAGUGAAUCCAAAAAUUCGAAUUCCUAGGACAUUCAAGAGAUUUUCAGGAUUAAUGGUGCAACUUUUGCAUAAAAAUAGUAUAAGGAGUGUUGAUGGAAAGGAAAAAUUGUUAAAAGUGAUAAAAAAUCCGAUUACAGAUCAUUUACCACCAAAUUGUAAAAAAAUAACAUUUUCAGCAGAUGCACCAACAGUUAAAAUAUCAGAAUAUCUUAGUACACUUGAGCCAGAUCAAUCAUUAUGUGUUGUUAUUGGAGCAAUGGCACAUGGUGAAGAUAAUUUUGCAGAUAGUUGGGUUGAUGAAAAGAUAUCAAUUAGUGAAUAUUUAUUAAGUGCAAAUACAGCUACAAGUAGAAUUGUACAUUCAUGUGAAAAUUUAUGGGGAAUUAUUUAAUUGAAUAAUAUGUAUUAUAUGGU